UCGACCCGUAGGCUUCCGAGACAGGUUGGAAAAAAAGAGAGUGAAUAAGCUGUAUGGAAGAAAAGGCCAUUGCUGAGUGAGGAAUGUUUCAGUAGCCGCAUAAAACUCUCCAGGUUGCCCCGUUUAAACGUCUACAGGGAUAGUCUCAACAACUCUACCGUUCAGAGGCUCUUCUAACUAAAAUUGGCCGGGGAAGAGAGGUAAAAGGCAGGCGGACAAAUGGAUAUAAGCACGAUUUUCUUGUUACUCUCUGUGUGUGGGCUGACUUGGGCCUUCACGGUGGACUUGGACUACGGAGGUGUACCACUCUGGAUCAACCGUUUUUUGGGAGAGCCGAGUGUGUUGACUUUGAAAGAUCGGAUGGAUCCCGGAUGGUUUCGUGCUGUUAAUUCACAAAGCUGUCCUUUGGAGUGUGACUGCCCUAUCCAGUGGCCAACAGCUCUUUAUUGUGACCACAGGGGCCUUACCCAGCUUCCCUCUGGCCUUCCGUCCCACACACAGUAUAUGUUUCUCCAAGGAAAUAAUAUAACUAUCCUUGGAUCCAGAUCGUUCGCUAAUGCCACAAACUUGCGCUGGUUGAUCUUGGAUCGCAAUCAGCUACUGAGUGAGCAACUCGAUAAUAUGUUGUUCUCCAAUCUCACCCGCUUGGUAAAUCUUUUCAUAAAUAAUAAUAACCUGACAAGGGUGCCAGUCGGACUGCCUAGUGGACUUAAGCAGCUGCGACUCGCAUAUAAUCGCAUCGAAAAGAUUUCUGAAGGUGCUUUCCAAAAUCUGGACAAUUUAACAUUACUUUUGUUACAAGGUAAUCGUCUGACGACUAUUGAAGAGGGCGACUUAAAAGGUCUUGGAGUCCUCAACCUCCUGGAUCUUAGUCACAACCUCCUGGAGAUUUUCCCCAAACAUCUGCCUCCAUCUGUCCAGCAGCUUUACCUCUCCAACAACUCUCUGACUGGCCUGACUGAAAACAGCCUUCAUGAUUUUAAUAGACUCCGUUAUCUACGGCUUGGACACAACAAAUUGAGGAAUGAAGGGCUUGACCCUGGUGCAUUUAACCUCACAUCUCUGGUAGAGCUGGAUCUUUCUUAUAAUCAGCUGACAGAAAUCCCUACCAUUCCCACCACGCUUCAGUACCUCUACCUUGAGGUUAACCAUAUCCAAGAGUUCAACGUGAGCAGCUUCUGCAGGACAGUAGGACCCACAUCAUAUUCACGUAUGAAGAUUCUGAGGCUGGACGGUAAUAAAUUGGAGUAUCACAAGCUGCCUCCUGAUUGGGUGUUCUGUCUACGUGUCCUUCAUAACAUUUAUAUUUGAUCUAAUAGAAGCAUCAAUGUCUUAAGCAUCUCUACAUUUUUAGGUUUUCUGAAAACUUUGAAAUACAAGCAUGCAAAGAUAUAUUAUAACAUAUAUGCAUAUUUAGACUACAUUAGAAGCAUAAAAGCAGAAUAAGCUGCUCAAGGUGCUGAUGUUUUGAAUAGGAUGCUGUCAAUAGUUUUAUACUGUUUUAAUUAAACAAUAUUUAAUAAUACUGUUUUCACUCUUGAUGUACUGUAUAUGGGCAGUCAUAUUUUUAUUUUGAUGCAAAGUCCAAGUCUUGACUUCACAUGUUCUAAGUAUAAUCAGAAUUAAUCUAACUGUUUACACUACAUGGUGCUUUCUUUGAAAGAAAUUAAUAUUGAGCAUUUAGUACCAAGGUUUUUACAAAAAACAUUAAGCAACACAACUGUUUUCAAUUCUUUUAAUAAUAAGAAAUGGUUCUUG